AUGCCACAUCUGGAUACAAGUGAGAUGUCAGUUUCGCCUGCUAUUGAGACUGAGUCUCAGAGUCGUUUGGCUAGGGAUGACGCACUGUCCCAGGCCAUGCUAAGGAUUUUGGAGAGGAACACUGGACCCCAUUCUAGAUUUGGGGGCCGUGGGUCGGUAAUUGAACGACUCCGGUCUAAUUGUGCGAAGCUACUUAGGGGCGUCACUGAAGUCGCCCCUAGUGUGGCUAAGUUUUGGUUGAAGGACAAAGAGAGAAUUAUGAAUGACUUAGACUACAUUCCCGAGCAGAAAUUUAAAGGUGAGGUCUCCUUGCUUCACGACGAGGCAUACCGGUGGCGAUUAACAGUUGAAGAGGGUACUCAGCCUGAUCAUUUGACUUGGGAUUUCUUUAAGACCGCACUUCAGAGUAAGUAUGUGGAAGUGAGCUAUGUGGUUGCUCGUACGGGUGACUUCAUGAAUCUCACGCAAGGGGACAGUUCUGUGGCCGAGUAUGAGGCUAAAUUUUUGAGAUUAAGCCGCUACACUCGAGUUAUGGUGGUGUUUGAGUAUACGAGGUGUGUUCGGUUUGAGGAUGGAUUGAGGGAUAAUCUGAGGGUACUGAUUGCUUCACAGAGGCAGCGUGAGUUCACGGUUCUUGUUGAGAAGGCGAAGAUCGCCGAGGAUGUUAAACGCAUGGAGUGCCAUAACAGAAAUCGUGAAAGAAGCAAGAAUAAAAGGGAUGCAGAGCCUUCUAGUUCUGUUCCGAGGCCUAAGAAAAAGGCCAGCUCUGAUGGGCCAAUUAGAGUGUGGGAUCCUGUUGUUCCAGUUGGGUUGCAACUUUGUGGUAAUUGUGGUAGGUGCCAUCCGAGUGAAUGUUGGAGAAAGAUUGGGGCAUGUUUGUAG